AUGCUAACUCCCCAAGAACUCAGACAGGCUCACUUCAAGGCUUUAGCAGGCUAUGGCUUGAUGGGUCUCACCUGGACUCCGAAUCCUGCACGUAAAGAGAAGGCGUUCGCAGCAAUUGACAAGGCGAUCGAACUGAACGAAAAGCCCGUUUUGCUGAAUGUGGGUGAGUUUUAUGGACCUGAUUGGGCAAACUUGCGUUUGGCUCGGGAAUAUUUUGCCAGUCGUCCUGGAGCUCGUGAAAAGGUAAUUAUCAGCUGCAAGGGUUGUAUCGAUUUUAAGACGUUCACUCCAAAGGGCGACCGCGCCGGUGUUAUAGAAUCGGUGGAAAAUUGUGUCCGCGAGUUUGGUGGGCCAAUUGACAUUUUUGAGCCUGCAAGGCUUGACGUAAAAUUGGCAGGCUCCAAGCCUUAUCCAGAGGAGACAUUUGACACCCUGGUUGAGUUAAUUGGAAAAGGUCUAAUUGGCGCCAUCUCUUUGAGUGAGGUGAACGCAGAGCAAAUUCGUGCCAUCGACGAUAAGUACCACGAUUACAUUACGUGUGUGGAGGUCGAGCUUUCGUUGUUCUCUCCUCACAUCCUGUCUGACGGAGUUGCCGAUGCAUGCAACGAAAGAGGUCUACCAAUCUUGUGUUAUUCCCCACUUUGUCGCGGGUUCUUGACGGGCUCCGUCAGUGCAGCGCAAGAAAUGCAGGACGGUGACUUCCGGAAGGGAUUGAAAAAAUUCUCGGGAGAAGCUUUCGAACACAACUUGCGUCUGCCCAAGUUCUUGCAAGAAGAAAUCGUGAAUAAACGACAGGACAAUGCGACGCUUCCUCAGGUGGCUUUAGCAUGGAUUGUUUCGCUGAACGCCAAGUACCCCGGCACCAGGUUCAUUCCUCUUCCAGGAGGAUCGUCUGCUAGCCGCGUGGAGGAGAAUUUUGCGUUUAAACAGCUCACGGAGCAGGAAUUGGCAAAGAUAAAUGCAUUUGUGAAGGAAUUCGAGGUCAUUGGUGACAGGUACGAACACGCUUAG